AUGCCUGGUGGACCUCUGGGACUGGGACCCCCGGCCUCGGAUGAGGAUGAUGAAGGGACGAUUCGAUACGGACGGAUCCCCCAGCGUGUGCCUAGACGGUACAAGACGAUCAAGAAAGUCGAGCUGACCAAGGGUAACCUUGUUAUCGAUUGUGCUGUACCGACGAAGCUGCUUGACAUGUGCUCGAAUCGCACGGACAGGGAGAUGACAUUCAUGCGGUACACGGCUGCGACCUGCGACCCGGACAAGUUCAAAGAGGAAGGCUACUCCCUCCGCCAGGUGCUGUACGACCCGCCUCGUCGCACAGAGCUCUUCAUCGUCAUGACGAUGUACAACGAGGAUGAGACGCUGUUCGCGCUGAGCAUGAACGGUGUGCUCAAGAAUAUCGCCCAUCUGUGCACGAGGGACAGGAGCAAGACCUGGGGCCGUGAUGGCUGGAAGAAGGUCGUAGUAUGCAUCGUCAGUGACGGAAGGCAGAAGAUCAACUCGCGCACGUUGAGCGCUAUUGCGGGCAUGGGCGUCUACCAGUCGGGUGUGGCCAAGAACGUCGUCAAGAAUAAACCUGUGACGGCGCAUAUAUACGAGUACACCACGCAGAUCUACAUCUCCCAAGACUGCCGGUUCCAGGGUUCCGAAAAGUCCGUCCCAGUCCAAGUCAUCUUCUGCCUCAAGGAGCAGAACCAGAAGAAGAUCAACUCCCACCGUUGGUUCUUCAAUGCCUUCGGGACCGUGCUCAACCCCAACGUCUGUGUCCUCCUCGACGUGGGUACCAUGCCUGGCCCUACCUCGAUCUACCAUCUCUGGAAGGCGUUCGACAUCAAUUCGAACGUUGCUGGCGCUUGUGGAGAGAUCGUUGCUCGGAAAGACAAAUGGGGCAAAUGGCUAAUGAACCCGCUUGUUGCCUCCCAGAACUUCGAGUACAAGAUGAGUAACAUCCUCGAUAAGCCUCUCGAGAGUGUCUUCGGGUACAUCACUGUCUUGCCCGGUGCGUUCUCGGCGUACAGGUAUAUCGCCCUGCAGAAUGAUGCAAUGGGCACUGGGCCGUUGCAGAAGUAUUUCCUGGGUGAGAAAAUGCACGGUUCCAACGCCGGCAUCUUCGAAGCGAACAUGUACCUAGCCGAGGAUCGUAUCCUUUGCUGGGAGCUUGUGACGAAACGCGACUGUUCCUGGAUUCUGCACUACGUCAAGUCCGCUUACGCGACCACUGACGUGCCGGAGAAAGUGCCCGAGCUCAUCUCCCAGCGCCGGCGCUGGCUUAACGGUUCCUUCUUUGCUGCCAUCCACGCGACGAUGCACUUUGCAUACAUCUAUCGCAGCAGCCACAAUAUACUACAGAAGGCCUGGAUCCAUAUUGAGAUGCUCUACCAGACGUUCAACCUGAUCUUCUCCUGGUUCGCUUUGGCAAACUUCUAUAUCUCUUUCAUCAUCCUCACUCAGUCGAUGGAAGACCUCAACAUCACCGGUAUUCACGUUCUCAACAUCGUCCUUCAUUAUCUCUAUCUCGGCUUGCUCAUCAUGUGCUUCAUUCUUGCCCUUGGUAACCGCCCACAGGGCGCCAACAUAGCCUACACCGUUGCUUUGAUUGGAUUCGCGUUGAUCACGAUCUACAUGACGACUGCUGCUAUUCUCCUCGCUGUCAAGGGUAUCGAAGCUGCCGCGAAUAACGCCAAUCAGGGCAUCCUUACACUGACAGACUUCUUCGCUAACUCCAUCUUCCGAAACAUCGUUCUGUCGCUCCUUGCCACCACGGGCUUAUAUCUCAUUUCAUCACUCCUUUUCUUCGAACCCUGGCACAUGAUCACGUCCUUCCUUCAAUACGUCCUGCUCGCUCCCUCCUACAUCAACGUCCUUAACGUGUACGCCUUCUGCAACGUGCAUGAUAUCACCUGGGGUACAAAAGGCGACAAUAAGAUCAGCACAGAUCUCGGUGUUGUCAAGUCCAAGGCGGACGCAAAGGAGGUCGAGGUUGAGAUUCCUACCAAUGAAAAGGACAUCAACGCGGCCUAUGAGGACGCACUGCAUGUCUUGGGUAGUCCUGCUCCCCCUGAGGUCAAGAAGGUCGACGAAAAGACUGCACAGGAGGACUGGUACAAGUCUUUCCGCACGAACGUUCUGCUUGUUUGGGUGCUCUCCAACGCCGCCCUUGCCGUUAUCAUCACAUCUGCCACUGGCAACAUCUCAAUCGAUACCCAAACCGGUAACGCAGAAGUCAACGGCUACAUGGCCUUUGUUCUCUUCUCCGUUGCUGGCCUUGCUCUUUUCCGUUUCGUUGGUGCCACUGCGUACCUCAUUAUUCGUCUCUUCGCCGGCGAGUAA